AUGUUUUACGUCGCGAUAUAAUGACGUAAGACAACGGCGACGGAGUGAUGGAGAAAACACGUGUGUCUGCUUUUGCGCUAUACCGGACGGUUUUAGAAAAAGAUCAGUCUUCGUUAAAGGUUGCGCACAAGAAAAAAAGGCCUAAGGAGAAUGCUCAGAUUUCUAAAUCAAGUAAGAAAACAAAGAGAAAGCAGACUUCCACAGUUGUGAGCGAUGUGGAAGAAAAGACCGCAAAGCCGGCACCGGUGGCACAUCCACUGGUGAGCAGAAAGGGGGUUGAAGGGCCAGCCCUGGACACCCUGCUGGUGGAUCUGGCAAGGAUUCAGAGCAGCAGGGAGAGGGCCAACCGGCUCUUUGACUGGCUGAUCCACCCUGUCCCCGCCCAGAGCUUCUUCAGAGAGAUGUGGGAGAAGAAGCCAGCUUUAAUCAGACGUCAUAAUCCCGAGUAUUACAAGGGCCUGUUUUCUACCACAGAGAUCGAUCGGAUUUUGAGAGAAGAUGAUGUUCAGUUCGGAGUGAACCUGGACGUCACAAGUUACACUAAUGGCCAGAGAGAGACCCACAACCCCCCCGGCAGAGCUCUGCCUUUCGCUGUCUGGGAUUUCUACAAGCGCGGCUGCUCCCUGCGCAUUCUGAACCCCCAGUCCUUCUCGUCCACCGUGUGGAACGUGCUCUCCAUCCUUCAGGAGCGGUUUGGCUCCAUGGCCGGCGCCAACGUGUACCUGACGCCUCCGGGGACACAGGGAUUUGCUCCCCACUACGACGACAUCGAGGCCUUCGUCAUCCAGCUGGAGGGCAAGAAGCACUGGCGGGUUUAUAACCCCAGGUCCGAGGAUGAAGUGCUUCCGGUGCUCUCCAGCCCCAACUUCAGCCAAUCAGAGAUCGGCAAGCCAAUCUUGGAGGUGGUCCUGGAAGCUGGCGACCUCCUGUACUUCCCCCGCGGCUUCAUCCACCAAGGGGACUGUCUCCCCGAUGAUCACUCGCUUCACAUCACCAUUUCCUCUUACCAGAAAAACAGUUGGGGUGACCUUCUGCACAAGCUUGUCCCUGCUGCCUUGGAAAUGGCCAUGGAGGAGGAUGUGGAAUUUCGAAAGGGGUUACCGCUGGAUUAUCUGACCUACAUGGGGGUUCAGAACUCCGACAAGGAGGACCCGCGCAGAGCCCAGUUCACAGAGCACUUGCUGGGCCUCAUGAAGAAGCUAACCAGCUACGCCCCGGUGGACGCCGCGGUCGACCAGAAGGCCAAGGAAUUCCUGCAUGACUGCCUGCCCCCGGUGCACACCGCAGAGGAAAAGGCCUGCAGUGUGCAGGGAGCUCCAAGCAGGUGGGAAGGUGGGCAGGCCUGGGAGGUGAAGGCACACAUAAAAGCUCAGACCAAAAUCCGGCUGAUUCGGGAUGGAAUCGCCAGGUUAUGCAGUGAGGGGGACGUGGUCUUUCUGCAUCAUACUGUGGAUAAUUCCAGGGUUUACCACAAGGAGGAGCCAAAGUGCUUUGAAAUAAACCCUGAGCACACGGAUGGCGUGGAGUUCCUGAUCCGCUCCUCUCCCAAAUUUGUCUCUGUUGGCAGUUUGCCAUGUGACACCAUCGAAGACAAGCUGUCCCUGGCAGAGCUGCUGUUCGAGAAAGGACUGGUCCAGACUUCCGAGGCCUUGCUGUUCUCAUGAUGAUAUCUCUCCUCCUGUGGUGUAUGUGGUCAUAUAAUAAAAUUCCAGGCAAAAAAAGGGUA